GCCGGGCUCCUUUCCCGAGAGGCCGAUCCUCCUUGCCGGCAUGAAAGCCAGCAGAGCGAAUUCGGAAAGGCCGACGGACUGACUGACUGACGGGCGGCCGGGUGAGGCGAAGGGGAAGGCGGCCCCGGAGCGCCCCGCAGGGCCCAGCAGGCGAGGCGAGGAGGUGGCGCUGCGCUCGGCCUCUUUGGGGCGGCCCGGCGGAGGAUUUAGGAUUUGAAAAGGCGAUUUGAUUGGUUUUUAAACUUGAAAGCGUCACCAUGUCCAAAGAGGUGAAGGAACUCCAGAAACGAUGGCUGGCCAUGAUGGAUACGGUACAUAGCAACUCACAUGUGGUUGCUUUCAUGAACUCCAGAGUUGGCCAGUAUUUAGAUGAUCACCCUUUCGUCGCCCUCUCCCUGAUGGUAUUUAUUGCGGCCUCGGCCGUCCCCAUUGCGUUCUUCCUGGCUUUUGUCGUCACCACCACGGUCCUGGCGUGCAUCGGAGUGAUCGUCAUGGAAGGUUUCGUAAUAUCCUUAGGUGGCGUCACCUUGCUUUGCAUUCUCGGUGGGCUGGGCUUGCUGUCGCUGCUGGUUUCCGGAAUGCUGAGCAUUUGUUACCUGUCUCUUACAGCCCUGCUCAGCUACUGGCCCGUUCAAGAGGGCCUGUCGAAGAGGGAGAUUCGGAACGGAAGCGGUUUUGUCUCCAAGAACCUUUUUGACGAGGAACCAGAGACGACUAACAAGGAGUGAAUAAAUUGGAUAGCGGCUCAAAAUGUCUCCAGCAGUGGCACUUAAAGAAAAAUUGUAGCUGGGAAAAACAUCGUUGUUACUGUAUUCUGUAGAAUUGUUUACCCGCCGAGAGGAUCAGGGUUCAGCUCCUUAUGACGGGAAUCAGGGAGGGAUUUCUCCAGAGGCUGCCAGGGAGAUAGCCAAGCCCUGGCGCCAAUUAUUUCGGAGACCUUCUCGGCAGCUUUUAGCCAGGACUUUCACGCAUGGAUGUUCCUGGAGCCCAGGACCCAACAACAGGGUCGAUUUUAACAUGAGAAGCGGGACAGGGGAAUCUCUUUAAGCCUGACUGCAAACAGAACAGAAAUAUAGGUGGUGACAGAGACCCCAAAUUAAAGCUGGUGCAUCUCUUCAUGAUUGCGUUUCAGUUAGGGCUAGGUCAAACAUUUUUUAUUCUUUGUCUCUAGGGUAUUGGGGGAUUGUGUUUUACCAUUUUGUUGUUGUUGUUAUUGUUGUUGUUGUUGUAUUUAGCAGCUUUGCAGAAAGCUGGUUGGUUAACCACAGUGGCUUUUCUCUUAUGCUGAUGUCUUGGUCACACUAGUCCUAGUUUGAAUAUUUUCAUUUGUCAAAUUUUUUUAAAGUAUUUUCUUCUGCUUCAUUGCUAAAGCUGCCAUCAGAUAUACACUAAACGGUUACUUUUCAUCCAA